AUGGCGAGUCGAUCGAUCUGGCUUAUCGCGCUUGCCAUUCUUGCGCCGUACGUAUACGACCGCUACCUUGCAUUCUCGACGAUAUUGGCAAAUAGGCCGGGGAAAUUUGAGAAUGUCAACAAAUUCAAGAGCCACGAGGUCAAAUUUCGCGAUCAACUUCGCAACUGCGAGGAUGUGCUCUUCGAAGAAGGCAUGGGUAUCGCGUUUUUGAGUUGUAACCCAGAAAGGGAUCAAUGGAACACAGUGAUGGGAACAUUUGCUACAGCUUUAGACAAACGAGACGGCGAGGACAGUCCAAAUAUCUGGAUCUACGACUAUUCAACGCCCAACAUUCCGGACUCAGACGCUCUCAAGCCGCUCGUUCUAACUAACUACGAUAAUGCGGCGGAUUUCCAACCCUUGGGUAUCGAAUUUGAUGCCGUAACUUCAACACUAUACGUCAUAAACCACUCCCGGAAUUCUGGAAACAUCAUCGAAGUAUUCCAGGUCUCUGUCCAAGAUGCAGUAGCGAGAUACAUGCAGACACUGAAACACCCGUUGAUCUAUACGCCCAAUUCUAUUCAUUCUCUGGGGGAAGGAAAAUUACUAGUUACCAACGACCACUACAUUGGGGCCCUCAUUUCCCCAUUAAUCUCACAGGUCGAGACAUUUGCUGGGAUUCCCGGAGGUAGCGUCGUCUACACCGACAUCCAUAACCCGUCACAUACGAAGACGUUGGUUCGUGUUCCUUUCGCCAAUGGUAUUGCUAUGCUCAACUCGUCGACCGUAGCUGUUGCUUCAUCCGCGAAAAUGGGAGUGAACUUAUACACUUUCAGUCCCGACACGAUCAACUUGUAUUUCAGGAAAUACAUUCGCGCUCCUUCCAGUGUCGACAACCUUUCUGUUGAUGCCUCCGGCAAGCUACUAAUGGCAGGGCAUCCAUUUGCUGCAAGCCUCAUGAAAGUAAGCAAAGCUAGGGCGAAGUGCAAUAUGCGGGGAUCGGAAGAGGAGAAGAAGGCUUGUGAAUGUACAGCGGCUAGCUUCGUGGCUGAGUGGAGCGAAAGCGGAGGACUGAACACUUUGUAUAAGAAUAGUGGAGAGGAGUUCUGCAGCAGUAGUACGUACGCUCGGGAUGUAGGCAGAGGCGUGGGUAUCGUCACAGGGUUAUACGACAGGGGGCUUUUGGUAGCAAGGGAUGACCCAAUCACUGUGGAGUGA